GAGUACAGACCUCCUCAUCCUCAACAACAUGGCGCCAGCGUACAGCUGGAUCGCACACAGACGCCAGGAUACUUCUCCACCAAGUUGGUUAAGUAACCAAACGCAGCGUCGCGAAGUUUUUUCCUUGCUUUUCUUUUGACUUUUCUUGUUACUAGGUUCAUGUUCUCUCUUUGGUAAGCAAAUUUAACCCGUUUUGGUUACCAAAACUCACCUGCUUUACAGAAAGAACAGCGCGUACUGGACUCUCUCACUUUGUGCUGCUGUAUUUCUCAAAGUGAAAGAAAAGCGCGGACGGAGAUUACGCAGACGCGGAAAACGUUUUUCCAGAAAAUAAAGCCAUGUAACUGUGCUCGAAAGCGUUUUCUUCAGAAGACAUGCAUUUAAACAUGAGUGAAAAUAACUAUCCGCUUGAAGAACGGGAUAGAGACAGACUUCCUCCAAUAAUCAAUCAUGGCUUGGAUCGUGGACCGAAGCUCCCUUUCCCCUCUUAUGGAAGCUUCAUUUCCACCCUGAAUCACAGAAGAGAAUCCGGCAGCCAUAGCUUCUCGUCGCCUUUGCUGCUACCUGCAGUUAAACAAGUGAGAGAGCUUCCCCCUAUAUGUCCAGAUGUGAGACAGAAACAUCGUAUCGCAAUUGAUGUUCUGCCUCCAGAAGUGAAAGCUCGCUUCGUCUCAGAACCAAUUAUUCCCAUUCGGACCAAAACUGGCAAAGAGUUCCAGGAGGAUCUUGAAAGAGCAACUAUCUCAGGGGAUUGGAGACAAGUCCAUGAUUUCUACUUGACCACAUUUGACUCCUUUUUGGAACUCAAUGCUGCCUUUAAGAAAGAAGCAAAUGCUCCCUUCAACACUAUUGAAGACUCAGGAAUAAACAUCAGAUUCGUCAAUAUUGUGUAUGAUGCUUUACUUCAUACGCCUGCGGACACACAGAAAUCGGUUCUGAAGGGAAUCAUUAAUAGCUUAUUAAGAGGAUGGAAAGGCCCUCGAACGAAGGAUGACCUUAGAGCGUAUUUUGUUCUUGUGCAGAACCCUCAGUAUACCAGCCCGGCCACAUAUGUCAUCUAUGCACACUUACUGAGGCAAAUAGCAGCUCUGGCUGAAGCAGACCAUCAUUUCCUGAUGCACUGGUUUAAAAAGCUUCCUCAGAAGCGUUUCAAACAGCUGGUGGAGCGUUUGCAGCUCUUCAUCACCACCCGACUAUUUCCUGCCAAGCCAGAGGAGUUGCCGCCCAUGGCCAAAUGCUCCUGGUGGAUUCCCUCAGCCACUAAAGUCCUCUCCCUGCUCAAUGCGGCAAACAGCAUUUCUUGUCCUCCCAUCAUCCCUUUCUCUGAUUUCUACAACUUAACACUGGAUCACAUUGACUUUAUGGAGGAUUACCACACGUGGCAGGCUCAUGGAAAUUCAAACAGGUUCACCUUCUGUCAGUUCCCCUUCAUCCUGUCCACUGUGGUGAAGAAAGCCAUCAUCCAGAGAGACUCUGAGCAGCAAAUGAUCAGCAUGGCCAGGCAAACGCUGGUGGACAAGGUCUCUCGGAGGCAGAGGGUUGAUAUGAGUCUGCUGUUUCUCAACAUUAAAGUCAGACGUCUGCAGCUGGUCAGUGACUCACUCGAUGAGCUUUCGAGAAAGCGAGCAGAUCUGAAGAAAAAACUGAAAGUGACUUUCGUUGGGGAAGCUGGGUUGGACAUGGGUGGACUCACAAAAGAGUGGUUUCUUCUACUGAUUCGACAGAUUUUUCACACAGACUACGGCAUGUUCACGUACGUUAAGGAGUCUCAGUGUCAUUGGUUCAGCAGCUGGAAAUGUGACAACUACUCUGAGUUCCGAUUGGUUGGAGCCCUCAUGGGCUUGGCUGUGUACAACAGCAUCACACUGGACAUCCGCUUCCCCCCUUGCGUCUACAAGAAGCUGCUGACACCGCCCAUUGUGCCGUGUGACCCCGACACUCCCGUCGGCAUGGCGACACUCACCCUGGAAGACCUUCAGCAGGUUAUGCCCGAUCUUGCCCAUGGUCUUGGGGAACUCCUCAGCUAUGAGGGAAACGUUGAGGAGGACUUUUAUACCACCUUUCAGAUUUUUCAGGAAGAACUUGGAGUGGUCAAGUCAUAUAACCUGAAACCAGGAGGGGACAAGAUUCCUCUUACCAACUUAAACCGAAAAGAAUACGUUCACCUCUAUGUUGACUUCCUACUGAAUAAGUCCAUCUACAGACAGUUUGCUGCUUUCUAUCAUGGUUUUCAUAGCGUAUGUGCCUCCAAUGCUCUUAUGCUCUUGAGGCCAGAAGAAGUUGAGAUCCUGGUCUGUGGUAGUCCUAAUCUGGAUAUGAGCUCUCUGCAGCGAGUAGUGCAAUAUGAAGGCUACAGCAAGACUGAUCCCACCAUCCGGGCCUUCUGGGACGUGGUCUUGGGCUUUUCUCUGGAACUGCAGAAGAAACUGCUCCACUUCACCACAGGAAGUGACCGCGUUCCUGUGGGGGGAAUGGCCGACCUGAACUUUAAGAUCUCCAAGAUUGAUGUCUCCACCGACUGGCUGCCAGUGUCGCAUACAUGCUUCAACCAGAUCUGUCUACCUCCGUACAAGAGCAAGAAAGAACUAAGGCAAAAGUUAACAAUUGCCAUUUCGAAUGCAGAGGGCUUUGGAUUGGAGUAGUUUACAGUGCUCUCAGGAGAUACGAUAACAGAAAGUCAUGCUGGUUGUAAAAUUUGUUUCUUUAAACCAUAUCAGGUAAGCAUGAGGAUUACGCACACCAACAAAAAGCUCUAGAUGUAAAUUUUCCGAAGUAGCCACAACUGUUGUGUUGCAUUAUGUAUAGUAUAGUAAUAUUUGUCGUGAACCAGGGUUCCAUGAGGAAUCCAGUUAAGGUGUUUGUCUUUGUAAUUUGGACUCGUCAACUGCUUUGAGUGAAAGACCAAACAUUUUAUCUGGCAUCAGAGUUUGGAUUUUAAUAAUAAUAAUAAUAAUAAUAUAGUGUUCAAGUGUGUGGGAUUUGUCUUUAACAUGAGCCUGGGCUUCUGUCCUAUGCUACCCUAUUUAAAGACAGAAAGCCGGUUAUGAAUGGGCUUGCUCUCAUCCAAAAUAGCCUGGCAAAUAGUUUGUUAAACCCUCCCCACAUUCUUAAAGAGACAGCGCUCUGUUUCCCAGUUGACGAGAGUCCACAUUUAAUAAAAGCUUCUGUGUGAAAUGUUACCUAACUCACAGCAUUCUCUGUUACUGGUGAGAUGUUAUAAUGUAGUUGUUAAGUUUAUAGAUGUCAGGAGCUCAAAAGUUGCAGUUGAGUAUAAUUUAGUAAUUCUUGACAACCCUUUCUUAACCUCUCGGGCAUGAAAGGAAUAUUUGUAAAGUGAUUGUUUUUAUGUUUGUUGACUAGCCAUAACAAGGAUGAACAAUUUGUUUGUUGGUUUAUUUCUUUUCAAUGUGUUUCUGGUUAUUUGUGUGGUUUCGCAACAGUAUUCGACAAGAUAAAACUUGAUUUAUUUAUUUUACGACUAUUGCUGGGCCCUGUGUCAUCAGUAUUUCACAUGCUGAUUUGAAAGGAAUUGUGAGGUCCAAUGAGAAUGCAGUAUGUCAGAAAAAUGUAUCACCGUGUCUACAUUGGACGUGACCGUCUGGACACGCCAACGGCUUGCUCAUAAUGGAUUUGUGGGGUGCCGCAUCCAGUGUGGACAAUUUUUUUAUUAUAAUGGAUUUUAAUGGGUUAAAUUAUAAAGGUUGUAUAAAAAUGUUUAUAUUUAUUUGUGUCAUCCGGUGUAGACACAGUGUUACUAUUUGACCUUUAGUCAAUUCAGUAGGUUGUCAUUCUAGCUGUUAGUUUCUUCUUGGCGCAUGUGAUAUUGGAUGCUUUUGAUGUCACAAUGUCACAUCUUCCUUGCAAAUCAUGUCAUCAGAUUUCCGUUGGACUCACGCGAUGGCUUUAUUUGUAUCUCAUCAAUCCAAAUCACUUCAUGCUAUGGUUUGUGUUGUUUAAUGACUGAAUACAAAUGUGUUUACCAUGUAUUUAUUUAAACUUGGCUCAUUUUAUAAUGAAUAAAGUUAUACAGCAACUGAA